AUUUGGAGUCCAGAUACAGGACCAAUAACUUAUCUUCGGAAAAGGCCAUUUAUGAAAUCUAUUCACUCCAGUGGGAAAUAAUAGAAAGAAUGAAAUGCUCUAACCUUCAGAGCUCCACUUAUGGAAAUGAUUGGGGAUGCCAAAACAAGAUUGAGGGACAAAAGGAACCACAAGAAGGAUAUUUUAGGCAAGUGAAAAUAACCCCUGAAAAAAAGAACACUUACAAAAAUCACAGUCUCCUUACUGAAUAUCAGAGAGUUCAUAAUGGAGAAAAGUUAUAUGAAUGUAAAGAAUGUAGGAAGACAUUUAUUCGUCGUUCAACACUGAGUCAACACCUCAGAAUUCAUACUGGUGAGAAACCUUAUAAAUGUAAGGAAUGUGGACAGGCCUUUAGACAGCGUGCACACCUUAUUCGGCAUUACAAACUUCAUACUGGUGAGAAACCCUACGAAUGUAAGGAGUGUGGGAAGGCCUUUACAGUACUCCAAGAACUUACUCAACAUCAGAGACUUCAUACUGGUGAGAAACCUUACAAAUGUAAGGAAUGCGGAAAGGCCUUCAGAGUACACCAGCAACUUGCUCGACAUCAGAGAAUCCACACUGGUGAGAAACCUUACGAGUGUAAGGAAUGUGGAAAGACCUUUAGACAGUGUACACACCUUACUCGACACCAGAGACUUCAUACUUCUGAGAAACUCCAUAAAUGUAAGGAAUGUGGGAAAGCCUUUGUAUGUGGGCCAGACCUCAGGGUACACCAGAAAAUUCAUUUUGGUGAGAAACCCUAUAUGUGUAAGGAAUGUGGAAAGGCUUUUAGAAUAUUCCAACAACUUACUGUCCAUCAGAGUAUUCAUACUGGUGAGAAACCCUAUGAAUGUAAGGAAUGUGGGAAGACUUUUAGACUAAGGCAACAACUUGUUCGCCAUCAGAGAAUUCAUACUCGGGAGAAACCCUAUGAAUGUGUGGACUGUUGGAAAACCUUUAGUAGUUACUCGCAACUUAUUUCACAUCAGAGCAUUCAUGUUGGUGAGAGACCCUAUGAAUGUGAAGAGUGUGGGAAGGCUUUUAGACUGCUCUCACAACUUACCCAGCAU